CGCCCGGCGGCUGCUUUUGUUGUGGUGGCCGUCUUUGUGUAGAUUUCAGCCGUCGUCAUCCCGCUCACCUGUCCGACUCGCAUCCCAUCACCUCCAUCCGCCCCUCACAUCCUAAAUGACCCAGCGUGGCGCUUUGAUUAGCCUCAGUGCGGCGGAAUUAAGGCGCAAAUGUUGCACCGGGUUACUUCAGCCCGCCUUGUUUACAGAAUAAAAACAGAAGCUGUGCAAGUUGACGUCGGCCUACUUUCGUCUCAUCUGCGUUCUCACUGCCUGCUCUAUCCCCCACUCUUAAUCGCGCGUGAAAUUAACACGGCCACAUUGCGUUUUGUUUAUUUAUUUCCAUUCGUCCUUUGGAAAAAUAGAAACAAACGCGCAUUCCUCUUUGGCUUAUUUGGCACACAAAAUCUGGAAGCGUCUAGACUAAGUCCAGACAAGAAAAGACACGCAAAUAAGAACGGAACACCACUUUUUCUGUUCAUUGUGCACCUUUCUUUCUUUCUUUCCACAAAAAACAACACAUGCAAGAGAUUGUGUUUAUUUUUGAGAUUUAGACGUCCUAUUUUAUUUUGUGGGCCAGUCACAUAUUAAAUUUCUUGCUCUUUGUGUGCAGUGAUUUCACACAAACACAAACACAUAUAAUUGAAUUACACUACUGGAAAUACUACAAAGCAGAUAAGAACUUGAUUGGAGAAUUAAAGACGCUGUGGUGAUUCCUUUACACUUCACUAGCUUGUUUGGUAAUUAUAUUUAGUGAUAGUGCUAAAUACAAUAAAGGGCGCUAUUUCAAUAACAUCAUAUAGAGAACUAAAGUUACAUCAGCUCUGCUUGGGAGUUUUAUUAGGCCAAUUAAGCAUGCUACUCAAGGAGAAUAAGAUAAUAAAAAAGACUAUAUUGGGCUUCUAGGAUGGAUUUAAUAUGCUGUUUAAAAGCCCUCUCCCAGCUGAUUCUAAUUUAUUUUCUAAUUUUUUGUAGAACAACCUGCACAGUUAGCAGUUAGUUAUAAUAUAAAUACAAGUGAGAUUAAUUGAAAUGCAUUCUUUAUAAGUAAAAUUAAAAGGCUGUUGUGGACUUGCAGAAGGAUGCUGUGGUGCUCCCUCUCUCCUCCAGAUGAAAUAUUGCCAUGGUUACCAAACAAAGAAGGGGUGAUGUGAUAGCAGCCUAUGGAUGAGCAGAACAAAGGAGGAAAACCACAGCUCCUGUUUGGCUUGCGGCUGCCUAAUAAAAUGAGGGAACAGUCAUUGUUCUUGUUAUAGUGGCCCUGCUUAAAAGGAAGGACUGUAUUUUUAAGACACAGCUGGCUCAAUUAGAGGUUAAUGCCGUUUUUGCAGUUUCCCGUCUCAUACUGGGCUGUGUCGCGUACACCUUCCUGAAGUUUACGGUGAUGUGGACACUGGUGCUGCUGGCAGACUUCAUCCUUGAAUUCAGACUGGAGUACCUGUGGCCGUGCUGGCUCUUCUUUGGGAGCGUGUACACCACUUUCCACUGCCAUGGGCUGGUUAUUUGUGUUGUUUUUGUUUGCGCUGCCUUCACUCUGGACAUCUUUUGUUUAAUUUUUGUUCCUUUGCACUGGCUGUUCUUUGUGGCGAGCACCUAUGUGUUAUUCAAUUACAUAUGGCACACAGAGAAGGGCAUCUGUAUAUCAACUGUGUCUCUGUGGAUCCUGCUCGUGUACACAGAGGCUUCACUUCGACUCAAAGACCUUAAAACCUCACAUGCCAACCUGUCCCAUCUUUUUGCCGCUCACUGUAUUGGAUAUCCUGUAGUUUAUCUGGGGUUUGAUGCCACCUGCUACUUCACCAACAUCUUUAAGCUGCGCAUACAGAAAGCAGUGCAGAGUGAGAAUGACUUCCACAUGCACCUCCUUCAGCACUCGCUCCCCCCAGGCCUGCAGGUUUAUCCCAAGACAGGCACAGAUGGCAGCAGCACCUCCAAAUGGAAAGUCAAGCCUGAGUCGAGUCAGUAUCAGUGUCAGAACGGUGCUGUGCUGGCCCAAGAUGAGGCACACACCGUGGACUGCCUCCAGAUCCGCAGUGAGGAGAGAGCAACAGAGAAAGCGUCACAGGAGGUGAGGUCAGCCGAACCAAACCGCCGGCCACCAUCGUCAUCGUCGUCAUCAUCCAAACCCAGUGUGGGUGAGUCCAAAGAUCUGCUGCACAGCAGCACAGGAGGACCGGAAUCAUCAACAACUCCAGAAAAUCUACCUCAAGAGGAGCACGGCAGCAAAGCAACGCGAGCAGCUAAGAACUCCUCACCAAAAGUCAGAAGAAGCAGCUCAAAUACUCCUUCACCUCCUGCGGGAAGGACUGAGAAGAAACACAGGUCUAGCUCCAAAACAGUCAGCCCCAACAGGGAUGCAGCAGAAAAGAGUGCCACAGCAGCUCAGAGUUACCACACUGAACAGACAAGCAAGCUGGAGCAGGAGCUGAGGAGGCUGAAGAGUGAGCUGCAGUCGAGCAGGCAGACCGAACAGGAGCUUCGAAGUCACAUCUGCAACCUGACCAACAGCGAGAGGAGCCUUAGACCAGAGGUUUCCCUGCUCAGACAGUCCAACAUGCUUCUCCAGAGCAAGAUUCUGUGCCUAACUAAAAACAAGCAGAGGGACAAGCAGACUUGUGUGAUGCUGGAGAAGAAGACCAGAGCAGAGGCAGAGGCCAGACUCUCUGCUGAGAAGCAGUUGGCUGAGCUUCAGGCUCAAAAACUGGAGGAGGCGGCGAGCACAGCACGGAGUCUAACAAACAGGCAGGAACACUGUGAAACCCAAAUGUUAAGGAAAAAGGUUAAAGAGCUAGAGACAGAGUACAAACAACUACAACUGGAGUAUCAAGUGAAAGACAGUCGUGUGGUAGAUCUAGAGAGUGAUGUUGAGGCUUUGGGAAAGUACCGCUGUGUGGAAAAAGAGACAGAUAUGCUGCUGUCCACUUUGUCAGCCAUGCAGGAAAAGGCUCAACAUCUGGAGUACAACCUGAGCGCUGAGACUCGCAUCAAACUGGACCUCUUCUCUGCGCUGGGAGAUGCCCGCAGACAGCUAGAAAUCGCCCAAGAUAAGGUGAUGAAGCAGGACAGGGAGAUAAGUGAGAUGAAGAAGAAGAUUGCCGAGGUGAUGGCGGUGAGCCCCGGCAUGUCCUACAUGGCGCCCCGGCCCCACGUGCCACAGAAUCUCACCAAGUUGCUCAACUCCGAGCGCUACGUGUUGAAUCCACGAGCAUUGAUGUACCAGUGUUUGAAGAAAUAGGGGACGUCCCAGAGCUUUCACACCUCAUCAGAACUCGUCAGAUCCGGACGAGUUUAUCACAGAGCUAAACAACACCGCGAAGUCCUCUACUUCCAGCCAUGAGUGGAACCAGGCCAAGCCUCCACGAGUCGAAUGCCUUUUGCUGCACUGAUGGUGCUAACUUGAUAUUAUUCUGUAUAUUUCCUGUUUUCUGCCACAUCACAGGUCGAAGAGUUUCACUCCAAAAUGAGGUAUCUAAUAUGCAGAGCUGGUCAUUUUUUUGAAGGAAAAAAAAAAAGGUUUACUUAUCCCGAUUAAAUACAAAUACAGGUGUCAGCAGAGAUACAAACCAAGUAGAUUUAUCUGAAUGAAGACCUGGUGCCCGAUGUGGACAUGCCUAGAGGAAGAUGGCACUGACAGGUUCUCUGCUGCAGCUGUAAAAUAUUUAAUUAAACCGCUCUUUACAGUUUAACUCCUGGCAUGAAAGUAAAACUAACCGAACAACAUUAUUUAAGUCCGUUCAUGUGUUAAACUUACAGAUGUGUAAGAAUUCAGAGUUUUCUUGAUCUGCUGCAAUACUGACAAGAAGAUUCAAAGUAAUAUCUUUUUUAAGCCCUAUUUGUCAGUAUUUAUUAGAACAAAAUGAUCACUGAGGUCCAGCAGUACAGGUACUGAUCAUAAAAUUAAGAAAACAGUGGCUGACUUCUGUUCCGGUGUCUCAGUCAGUCGUGACAGUCAAACCACGUGACUCUGAAACUGGAAAUCAGCCAUCACGCUUUUUUCAUCGUCUCGGCUUUUCUUUGAAAAAGAGGCCAUAUUUUAGACUUAAAUCUUUAACGGAUUUUGGGCAAAUAUUGGAGUUGUGAACAUUAUUUACAUUCAUGUCUAAACAUGAUUAUAGAAAGAUGAGAAAUUCGUAUACAGACUUUUGUCAAAGCCUCAGUGGUUAUGAUAAUGAACUUGUUUCUCUAAAUGUCUCUAUUGGAGAAAAAAAUUUUGAAUAAUAAAUUUGGUAUAUAUAUGUAUAUAUAUAUAUAUAUACAUACAUGCACAUAUUUAUAUAACCUGGUCAGCUACAUCAUUAAAACCACCAGCUGAAUAAUGUGCACGACCCUCUUGAGCCAUGAAAACCUUCACGGAUCUGCCCUGCUGCAGGUCCUCGGAUUACUGCAUAUUUUCUGUAGGUUUUGAGUUGGGCUCGAUUUGGAUUGAGAGUUCGGAUUGAGACCCUUUAAGAGGAGGGACUACUCUUCUAUGGUCUCUUCAGGUGUCUGUUGUCCCAAACUGAGUACCGUCACCGCCUUAGGUUGUUUUCUGCGCUUCUUCAUAUGCUUAUGAGCACUUUUUGUGGGAGAACGCGGCCAUCGGGAAACGCCAUUACCAUGUAGCGGGUCAGAGCUUCCUGGAAUUGCUAGAAGCUCUGACCCGGACCCAAAAACAGAUGAGUGGGUGGGUUUCAAAGUAAAUUUAAAAUCUUCCUGCUGAAAAUUAUAACAAGAUGAUCAAUGUUGUUCACUUCACCUGUCUGGUUUUAAUGUUGUGGCCGAUCCUCGUACCAUUCUAUCAAAGUGUAAAUGGGACUAUUUAACAUACCCCAAAUGUUUAAAACAAGUAUGCACCAAGAUGUUCUUGUGUGUGCCUGUAAAUAGAGAUUUAGGAGUAUCUUAAUUGUGCUGAAAUUCAGACAAAAUAUGUGCGUUCAACACAGAGCUUUGGAAUGAAACCCUUCAGAGUUGGAAUAUUCCUGCAUAACAGGCGGCAUCUUUGUAUGAAUAUUCCUGGUUGCCAUCCGGGAGACUCUUGAGAAUAGUUAAGUGAUGUUUUAUUGUCUUACUGACCUGAUAAUUUUUUAAAAAGAAAGCUGACUUCAGCUACGACUGAGAGCCCACUAUUUUUUUGAUGUUUGGCAGCUCGUGGCUCCACAGUGGCAUCUGGAAAAGAGAGACCGCGACCUUGUCCGAGAAGUAAAGCAGAGCCGGGAAGGACAAGGGGGACGGUGUUGACGAAACAUGGCUCACGGAUGAAAUUACUGUGCCUAUAUACUUUCAAACUCGGAAGUAAAACACAAAUUUUAAUGUGAAAGAGUAAUGUGUUUAAAUUGAAGUGCUAUGUACUGUUUUUGUAGUUUUUGCUUCAUUUCUUUCUUAAUUUUUUUUUUUACUCAGUGUACAGAAUUGAAAAAUUACCCACGCAGCUGAAAAACACUCAUGAACUGGAUGUCGCCAUUUUGGUAGCUUUUUAUUUAGAGCGUGUUUCUAGGGUGUUUUAUAUCAAAAAUAUUUUUUAGUCUUGCUGUUCUUCUUAUACUGCUGUCAUUUUGUACGGCACUGUGUUUGUCAGCAUGAAAUGUGUUUUAUUCAACCGUUAUUUGAGCACACAUUGUGACUUUAUGUACCUGGAUGUACUUGUACAAGGGCUACAGUUUCUUAACGUUUUUGGACGAACAAUUGUUAAUUCAAACGAUGAUGCUCUGAGGCUGGAGAUCACACUCCUGAUACACCAGGACCCCGUUUUGUAUAAAUUAUUUAAGUUAUCAAAUGAGUCUAAUUUGUGCAGACGUGUGCAUGUUCCUUCACUCAGGAGCCAUUUAUGGUGUCAUUUUCUGACUUUGAAGGUAAAACGAGCAAAAUUGACUUCUUCUGCAAAUGGAAGUGCUUUCUGAAAACUUUAGUGUAAUGGCUAAUAAAGAUCAUCUUCAUAAACAUUUUGGCCUCACAACAGAUCAACAAGAGACACUGAGAUUAUUUAAGAUGAUCUCCUUUUCUGAUCUGUAGAUUCAUGCUGAACUAAGUUACAGAGUGCCUUUGGGGCAUGGGUUUGAAGACAUUUUGAACUCGGUUACUUACUCGUUACUUUCAGAGUAACUAGUUACUAGGGAAAGUAACUUUGGUUUUACUCAGAAUUCUCUUAUUAAUGUGUUGCUCGGCUAACUGAAUACCCAGCAAGGAUGCCAGUCUUCUAGCUUGCUUACAUGUUAGCGCUAUCCUGCCACAAGUGCACUGUGCCACCCAAUGGCCUGAACCUAAAAUGGCAGUGUAGUAGUGUGAGUGCAAGUUAAUGAUGAAAGGAAUGAAACUAAAUUAGAAAUGAACAAUGUUUGUUUUAUGUGUCACUUUUUAUCGUUCUCUUUUAAUCUAUUUCUAUUGUUUCAAACGUCUAUAAAUGCAAACACAUCAUUUUGGGGUUGAUGCAGCAGUACUGUAAUCGUACGUAGUAUCACUAGGAAGCAGCAGUGGAUCGCAAAACACGGCACACAGUGUGUUGAAACUUUUGAAAGGUAUAUUUAUUUUUGCCAUUGAAAUGGGUAGAAAGUAUACUUUUAGCAGUGCCAACAUUAAACUAUGCCUCAGACCAUUUACGAGCUGUAAGUAUCAAAAUAGUGCAAAAAUGGUUCAACAUAAACACAGUUUGUCACACAGUUUGUCCAUUCUUUGUAAACUUAACUGAAAACAGCUGAACUGCAUCAACUGUGCAAGUUUGCCCGUCAGUUCAGUAUUGACGGGCAAACUUAAAAGUAUUUUCAGCUUCACAAAUAG